UGUCGGCGAAUCAGUAAACAUCUUGAAACACAAAAUCAUCAAAUUGGAAUACAUGUCAUCUUCAACCGAAGACCAAGAACCGUUCGCUACGACGAACCGCAAGUCCGAUUCGAGUCAAGCCGACACUGAAUACAGCACGGGAGACCCGAGAUCAAGAUACGAUUCACACAUGAUUAUAAAGCGACGAGAGGUGAAACGCGAGUCCAAACUAGUAAUAGCGGGACUCGGUACAAAACGAGUUUCGAAAACGUCUGAGUCGGGUUUUGAUGACGGCCAGUCUAUACGAACCGGAUCCCCGACUGGCUCAACGUUAUCGGGGUUUUUCCCAGCUCGCAGUAAGAAAUCAAACGAGAAAAUAGACAAAAAGUGGCUGGAAAUUAUGGCCAACUCUCAAAACCGACAUGAUGUUACGGCUCAGAAACUUUUGAACAAAAAGUUUAACAUUUAUCAGCAGCGGAGCAACACGCCUUCUGUUCGCAAAUUCAACAGCGAGCGUAAAAUUCAGAGAGUAAAUGACCCGAAGUCGAGUUUCGGCUCUGAAGUUCUUUCGCUUCCAAAGCGAGAAAACUCGUUGUUGCGAAGUUACUCCGAGAGCGAUAUUUCACAAGUGCCAACAAUCAACUCUUCAGUGCCCGAGGCCUCAGAAACCGACAUUCGAGUUACGGAAUCUGAGAUGUCUGGAACUGAUUCUGACAAACAUACAGCCAGCUUGGAAAUGACUGGAAGUAGCCAAGAACAUCAAAAAGGGCGAACUGGGAGUUCGCAUUUAUCUGCUGGAUCAGUUGACAUACAAAUUACAGGACACACGAUUGACGGGCCCAGCACCCAAACUAUUGUCCAGAACGACAACGGUGGAAACAGCGAUUCGGUUCAUACAAAUGGUGGGCAAACUAGCAUCCGGGUAAAUUAUGAAGAUUGUUCCAAAACGAGGACUGUUGAUCCUGCAACUGGUCAAAUCAUUAUAAAUAUUGUAACUCCUGCCAGUCGUUACGGCGACUCAAACGUGCAGUUUAAAGAUUCUCCGGGAGCUGCACCUGGUGCUCAGAACGAGGCGUCUCGUAUCGAAGAAACGAAAACAAAUGACACUUCGGUUAUUUCUGUGCCUCCGCGAGCCAAUCAACAAGCAGCUGGACAGUUCGUUUCGACGAACGAAGGAAUUCCGCUCAUUAAGCCUAAAAAGAAGAAAAGAGGCUGUCGGUGUUGUUUCUGCUGCACGUGUAGGUGUGGUGUUUCAGAUGACGAGGAUUUCUGAGCACAAGUGUCGUUUCUUCAAAACAAGUUGAGAAAAGACUAAAGAAAAGAUGGGAAAUGAUUUUGGUUUGACUUUGUAGAUUUUCGAAUUUUUUCAAGCUACCUGAAAACCACAUUUUUAAAAUAAAAUUGAUCUUUUUG